AUGUUCGAACAUUAUCCACACAUGAGAUCGGCAUUCAAGGGACGCGAGAACUACACGGCUGAGGACGUGCAGAAGGACGAGUUCUUCGUUAAACAAGGACACAAGAUUCUGUUGGCUCUUCGCAUGCUUUGCACGUCGUACGAUGACGAGCCGACGUUCGAUUUCUUCGUUGACGCACUCUUGGAUCGUCACAUCAAAGACGACAUCCAUCUGCCUCAAGCGCAAUGGCAUGAAUUCUGGAAAUUGUUCGCGGAAUAUUUGGAUCAAAAGAGUCACAGCCAUUUGACGGAGGAUGAGAAACAUUCGUGGACGACGAUCGGAGAGGAGUUUGGGCACGAGGCCGACAAGCACGCCAAAGCCGGACACCACGAGGGAGAGCACAAGGAGGAACACCACUAA